CAACCACACGGCCGUUUAGAGAAGCUAACCAACCAGGGCUGUAUCGGAGGUUUGUGGCUGGCUCCGGCCAAUGAUUGCUAUCCGAUUUCGCUUUACCUCGAAUCGAAAUCUCCGCAUUUGACUGUUUCUUUUUAUUUGAUGGUAGUGUGAAUGGGAAUUAGCAGCGGGAAAGUAGAAAUUAAGACUGCGAGUUGUUAAAUUACAGGACUCGCUAGUAAAUGGUUUCUCACGCACAGGCCCUCCAAACAAAGACUAGCUCAGACAAUUCCUAAAAUCAUCUGUCAAAUGUAGCUAUGGUAAUUGGCUAUGUUAGGCAUGGUGGUCGAACAGGUGAAGUCGACGGGACAUCUUGAAUAUUGUUUAAACAUGAAGAAUUUUUCCAAAUCAUGGACGGCGACAGUUCAACCACCGACGCCUCUCAGUUGGGAAUGUCAGGGGAGUACAUGGCAGGAAGCCACUACGUUCUUCAAUCACAGGACGAUGAUGGGGAUGAGAGCCUGCAUGACCAUGAGGAAGGAAACGGCAGCAAGGAAAACUUCCGUGAGCAGGACAUCUACCUCCCCAUCGCUAACGUGGCUCGCAUCAUGAAGAACGCCGUCCCACAGACAGGAAAGAUAGCAAAAGAUGCCAAGGAGUGUGUGCAGGAGUGUGUCAGUGAGUUCAUCAGCUUCAUCACGUCGGAGGCCAGUGAGCGCUGCCACCAGGAGAAGAGGAAGACCAUCAACGGCGAGGACAUCCUGUUUGCCAUGUCCACCCUGGGCUUCGACAUGUACGUGGAGCCCCUGAAACUCUACCUUCAGAAGUUCAGAGAGGCGAUGAAAGGGGAGAAGGGAAUCGGAGGCGUAUCUGUAACGGAGGGACUCGGAGAAGAACUCACGGACGACAGCUUCGCGAACCAGUUGCCUGCUGGAAUAAUAACUGCUGAUGGACAACAACAGAAUGUCAUGGUUUACACCACCUCGUACCAACAGAUUCCUGGAGUGCAGCAGAUCCAGUUCUCUUGAUGAGGUUCCGGAAUUCCUCAUUCUGAAUCAGAGCACGUCGUUUGGAAUGGGGAGGAGAUUACUGCAAUACUGAACACUCAGGUCAAAAGAUGGUGGUGGGAAGAUGGGAACACCCAUGGGCGAGUGAGAGGGGAGAAUGCAGAACUUGCAGAUUUGGGUUUGAAUCAUAAUCAGAUUAAUGUUUUGGUCAUGAUAAAAAACCAGACUGGAGCUGAUCUGGAGCCAUUUUUUUAUUGCUGUUUUUCGUUUGGAGAUUGUUUUCAGAACACUUUAUAAUUUUUUUUCCUCCAUGUUGUGUAUCACUUUUUGAGUUUUAUCCGCGUUUGAGGGCGGGAAUUAAUUGGGGGUGGGGGGCGUGAACACGAGAAGCAAAGUUGAAAUGUGUGUCUAGGGAUUUGGUGACCUCUUUGAAGCAAUAAAAACAAAAGUUGUUGAACGUUGACUUCUGCACUCUAAACUCCAUUGUGAACAAUUGUGAGUGGAAUUACAUUAUUUAAGAUUAGAUUCAUGUAACUCUUCCUAUAAUAUCUGUAAAGUUAUUUUAUGUCAGUCCUUUUAAUAAAAAUGUUAGCGUGA